AUGGGUGGGCCUUCUAUAGGCGACAUCCGCUCCAGGCUUGUCCGGCUCGCGGCGUUUGCUAUGACUCAGAAAGAUCGCACAUCACAACUUGGGUAUGCCGAUUCUCGCGAGGCUGUGUUUCAUCUUAUGUCUCAUCGACUUCCAUUGCAUGGUUCACACAAAGAAGUAAAGCAGGAAUGGAUGGAGAUUAUCGAGGGAAAACAUCGUUUGUGGCGGGGCAUUGAUCCCGAUAAGCGUGAAUGCAUUCGUGGAUUUCUUGUGCUUUUUCAAAGUGAAGUCUUACACCGUGCGCACAGGAAUUUCAACUUUCGUGGCGGAUGCAUCGGCAACUUUUUUCUGGCGUCGAUGCAACGAUUUUUUCGUUCGAUCCAGAGUGCGAUUUUCAUGUUUGCUGCUGUAUCUGAGAUUCCCUUCGUGUUGUCGAGCUGUGAUGUCUUGCCCGCUGUCAACACAAAUAAGACCACAACAAUUGCUGCGGAUCUCAAGGAUGGCUCGUUGUUGGUGGGGCAGUGCGAAAUCUCACAUCCAUCUGAUGAGGGCACGCGGCACCGCCGUCUGAGCUCACACUCACGUUCUAUGAAUCGUCGUGUCUCUGAAUUGCAGGAUUCAGUAUUUGGGUUCGGUCCACAGUCGAUGACACAGAACCAGCUGGACCAACUACGUCUGGGUUCCCAAAUGGAAUCUCACAGUGCUGCACGCGCCGGCUCAAGUGCACUGAGUAUUGAUGACUCAGAUCACAGCGAAGAAGACCAAGUCCUAGACGAUGAUCCUAGAGAAAUCACAGAGCUCACUGAGUCAUCAGGUAACAUUGAAUAUGUGGCGAAGGAAGAUGCCCCACCUCUUCCAUCGCCUAUUGAUCGUACGUUCUAUUCCCGCUUACAAGCAGGUGUUUUCUAUGUCAAUGUAUGUAACAGCUUUUUUCUUCCUCGUCGUUUUCUUCAAGGCAUGUUUCUUACAGCAGUCCUAUCGUAA